GUAAGACUUAAGUAAAAAUUUUAGAGGACAAAAUGGUUGGCCCAUUUAUGCAGGGCAUGUUACUUAUAGGCAUCAUCUAUUGGUAUUCCAAGAGCAUGAUGUCCAUGAUUAAUGAUUAUUAUCGCAGCGAAUUUCAAAGUAAGCUCCAAGAGGGCGGCAAUGCAAAGCAAGCCGCGGAGACGCCUCUGAAUGCGGAUAACUUUAUGGAUUAUGUGCGUGAGCUAGAAUCUAAGGAACAGCCAGAGCAACCUGCAGUACAAAAACUUUCAGAAAACGCCAUAAAGACAUCAGCAGGCAACUCCCAUCAGCUGCUGUACUUCCUUCACAUCACAGGCGCCCAUGCCUCGCCCGAUUUUUGUAGCGCUGCAGACAGCUCCAUAAGCUAGCUUACAACUGAGACAUAGUAUUUUUCUUAAAUUAUUUGAUAUCAACCAUACGUACAGUAGUACGUUCUUAUAUGCUAAAUGGAUUUUAUAUAUUAAUAUAUUUGCUUAAUCAUAUUGUAUAUGAUUUUCUGGAAAUACAACA